UGGUCCUAUCUUUGGUCCAAAACAUGUUUUUUUGUAAGCUUCCAUGCAUCCAUGGCAUGCUUGUCUUGUGCCUAUUGGUAUGGGACCAAUGGGUUAAGGGGUGACAAGUCACCUCAUGAUUACUUCAUUUUCCAACGUAACCUGAUUAAGCAUUAUCAGGGAUUGUACCUUGAAUCGGGUUGGAGCAGAGAAAAGUGUUGGUUGACUUUUUCAACGGAUGCCUUCCGGCAUGUCGUUAACAGGGUGAUGUGGAAUGGGGUUCACCAUUGACGUGUGCAUUAAGCCAUCUGCUUUAGUUUAACUUCUCUGUGCUAUUUUACGUUCUCUUUUACUUGAAUAUUCGCAUCCAAUUUCUCAUUGAGCAGUUUGAGUUGAGUCCUUGUCACUUUUGUGCUGUUCACUACCCCUUUGCUUCCCAUGCGAGCAUUAAGCUAUAUUGGCAUGCAGCAGAACAACCAAUUAUUAUUAUGCCUACUAUGCACUCAGGACCCUCACUGCCAUGAUCUGUGAAGGGAGCAUUAACUGCCUUGCUCUUGCAUAUUUGGCAGACAACAUUUCAGAUAGCCAACGGGCAUCUGCAUUUGGAAUCCUUUCAGGAGUAAGCUCGGGUGCAUUCGUCUGCGGAACCUUAGCAGCUCGUUUCCUCUCCACUGGUUCCACAUUUCAGGUUGCUACGUUUGUAUCAAUGCUUGCAGUAGUGUACAUGAGAAUGUUCCUUGAGGAAAGUAUACCUGAUCAAGUUGAUGGAAUUUCACAACCAAUCCUGCAAGAAGGGGAAGAUGUCAUUCAAAAGGAUGGUAAUGCACCUAGAAAGAUGCCAGUAUUCAGGAAAAUUCCAUCCGUGGGAGAUAUUAUUAGCUUGUUGAAGAGCAGUCCAUCAUUUUCCCAAGCAGCAGUUGUUGCUUUCUUCAAUAGCCUUGCGGAGGGUGGGAUGAUAUCUUCAUUAAUGUACUAUUUAAAAGCCCGUUUCCACUUUAACAAGAACCAGUUUGCUGAUUUGAUGCUAAUUGCUGGAAUUAUAUCAACGAUUUCACAGUUGUUUCUCAUGCCCUUAUUGGUAUCUCCCUUAGGGGACGGAAAGUUGCUUUCAAUAGGACUCUUGGUCAGCUGUGCAAACGCCAUUCUUUAUAGCAUAGCCUGGUCAGAUUGGGUUCCAUAUGCAGCUACUGCAUUGUCAAUAGUGAUGGUCUUUGCACCACCAUCUCUACGCAGUAUUGCAUCAAAACAAGCUGGCGCCAGAGAGCAGGGGAAGGCUCAAGGAUGCAUCUCAGGCAUAAGUUCCUUGGCCAACAUCAUUGCUCCAUUAAUCUUUAGUCCUCUGACAGCAUUGUUCCUGUCUGAAGAUGCACCAUUUCAUUUUCCCGGCUUUAGUAUUAUGUGCAUUGCGAUCACAUUGAUGAUUGCCUUCGUUCAGAGUUUGAUGAUAGGAAGUGCUCCUUCAACUUCAAGGGACAAAAAUAGCAGCAAUUGCGUGGAGGUUUAGUAGUAAUGAUAUAUACUAAUUAGUAGAAGAUGAGCGUCUCGAUUGUUGCAAUUAAAUACACUCAGUCUGUAACUAUGUAGCACGCAGAUGCUCCAAUGUUCUUAGCCUGGCAAAAGAGUAGCAAAGGCGAUGUUCAGUUCGUCAAUAAGAUUAGUUGACCCUUUGGGAGGUUUAAUUAUAGAAACAAAAUGUAAGAUUAACUAUAAGUCAUAUAUAGCCAGGGUGGGUUCUCUCAGUGAAACAAUUCCCACAAACAUUUCAAAUUAUUACUCUUAGUGUAUCUAUAAUUUCAUUUCAAUUCUGUCUGGACUAAUGUGCAAUUCAAGCACUGCAGUGUCAUGAUAAUUAUCAGGUUUUUGUCAAGUUUAUCAGCU